AUGUCAAGUAUACUGGAAGCAAGUCAUGCUUCCCCAGUUGGAGUUCACAAUGCAGGUGAUCGGACUGCAAGGAAAGUGCUUCAGAGUGGCUACUAUUGGCCCUCUUUAUUCAGAGAUGUCUACGAGUUCGUGAAGAGGUAUGACCAAUGUCAAAGGCAAGGGUCCAUCUUAAAGAACCAUGAGAUGCCAAUGUCUAAAAUGUUGGAGGUAAAAUUAUUUGAUGUCUGGGUCAUUGAUUCCAUGGGGCCCUUCGUGAGCUCAUUUGGGAUGAAGUACAUAUUAGUGGCCGUUGAAUACGUGUCAAAAUGGGUUGAGGCUGAGGCUUUAGUAGAUAAUGAAGGGAAGAGAGUUGUUGCAUUCCAGAGGAAAAACAUCUUCUCUCGCUUUGGGGUACCACGUACCAUUAUCAACAAUGGAGGAUCACAAUUUUGCAAUAAAAUGUUCAGAGCUACCUUAGCAAAAUAUGGAGUUAAGCAGCAUAAAAUAGCUACACCAUACCACCGCAAACUAGUGGGCAGGCAUUAUGGCUCACAAAAUACCACCAACCAGAGGAGGAAGAUCUCAAAAGGGUAG